GCUCCUCCUCCCGCCGCUCCCGGUGCCGGUCCCGCUGGUCCAUCCCCGCAGGCCCCGAUGGACUGAAUGAAGGCUGCCUGCACCGCCUACCGAUGCCUCACCAAGGACCUAGAGGGCUGCGCCAUGAACCCGGAGCUGACGAUGGAAAGUCUGGGCAGUGUGCGCGGGGCGGGCGGCGGAGCGGGCGGCGGAGCAGGAGCAGGAGCAGGAGGAGGAGGAGGAGAAGGAAGAGGAGGAGGAGGAGGAGGAGGAGGAGGAGGAGGAGGAGGAGGAGGGGCGGGCCCUGAGCCCGACCUGCUGGGCAGCCCGAGCCCGCACCACCCGGGAGGAGGAGGAGGAGGCUCCCUGCGGGGGCCCCCGCCCCCGGCGGACCUGGGCUCGACGCCGGCCCGCUCGACCAUGGCGAGCGGCCUGGCCUCCCUGCUGGACAGCGGCGGCGGCGGCGGCGGCGGCGGCGGGGAUUACCGGCCGGACCUGUCCAUCCCUCUGCACCACGCCAUGAGCAUGUCCUGCGACGCGUCGCCCCCGGCCAUGGGCAUGAGCAGCACUUACACCACGCUGACGCCGCUGCAGCCCCUGCCGCCCAUCUCCACCGUGUCCGACAAGUUCCACCCGCCGCCCCCCGCGCACCCGCACCCGCACCCGCCCCACCACCCGCACCCGCAUCACCACCACCACCACCACCACCACCACCACCACCAGCGCCUGUCGGGCAACGUGGGCGGCGGCUUCGCCCUCAUGCGGGACGAGCGGGGGCUGCCGGCCGUCAACAACCUGUACGGCCCCUACAAGGAGAUGCCCGGCAUGGGCCAGAGCCUGUCCCCGCUGGGCAACGGGCUGGGCUCCCUCCACGGCCCGCAGCAGGGCCUGGCCGGCUACGGCCCCCCGGGCCACGACAAGAUGCUGGGCCCCAACUUCGACGCCCAUCACAGCGCCAUGCUGGCCCGCGGGGACCAGCACCUGCCCCGGGGGCUGGGCACGCCGCCCACCGCUGCCAUGAUGUCGCACCUCAACGGCCUGCACCACCCGGGCCACCCGGGCCACCCUGGCCACCCUGGCCACCCGCCACCUCCUCCUCCUCCUCCUCCUCCUCCUCCCCCGCCGCCGCCGCACGGGCCGGUCCUGGGCCCCGGCCGGGACCGUCCGCCCUCCUCCUCCGCCUCCUCCCUGGGCGCCCCGGGGCCCGGCUCCGGCCAGCUGGAAGAGAUCAACACCAAGGAGGUGGCCCAGAGGAUCACGGCGGAGCUCAAGCGCUACAGCAUCCCCCAGGCCAUCUUCGCCCAGCGCGUGCUCUGCCGCUCUCAGGGGACCCUUUCCGACCUGCUCAGAAACCCCAAACCUUGGAGUAAACUCAAAUCGGGCAGGGAGACCUUCAGGAGGAUGUGGAAAUGGCUGCAGGAGCCCGAGUUCCAGCGGAUGUCCGCCCUACGCCUGGCGGCAUGCAAACGCAAAGAACAAGAACCGAACAAAGACAGGAACAAUUCCCAGAAGAAAUCCCGCUUGGUUUUCACCGACCUCCAACGCAGAACACUCUUUGCCAUCUUCAAGGAGAACAAACGCCCUUCCAAAGAGAUGCAGAUUACCAUUUCCCAGCAGCUGGGCUUGGAGCUCACCACCGUCAGUAACUUCUUCAUGAAUGCCCGGAGACGCAGCCUGGAGAAAUGGCAGGACGAUUUGAGUACUGGAGGUUCCUCGUCAACCUCCAGCAGUUGUACCAAAGCAUGAUCGAAGAAAUCUAAAUUGGGCACAAGACAACUGUAAAAGAAAAGCAAGAGGAAAAAAGACCCCAGAGUCUUAAUGGGGCCCUUCACUGGUGAUUUGAAAGCACAAUUCUCUCAGAAAGAAAUUUCUAUUCUAGCUGUAAUCAUAGGACACUUGUUCUUUUUUUAUGGCUCUUUAGUCUAAGUGCAAGCUGAAAAAUAAUCUCUUCCAACCAAAUGCGAUCAUCUAAGCACGCUAAGCAUACCAGAAACAUAAAUGGGUCUCUCCGGAAACAAGUUUAUUUACUACUGUCAAAGCCAAGCUCACAAGCUCACGAUUGCUUAAAACAUCAACUGUCUCUUUCAGGCAAAUUCUCCUCAGAGACCGGGGGAUUUUGCCUGUGUGAGGACUUCAGAGAUUGGGCCCUAGGGUUGCUAUAUUAAGAGAAGAGCUGUAGAUGCAUGUGACCUCAUUUACUUUCCGAAUGCUUGGCCUUUUUACACCCCAGUUCACCCGAGUUCACCAUCACACCCUAAAAGCCCCCAAAAUGAAAAUUACUGAGCACAAAGUUUAAAAACGGAAAUUAAAACUUCAAGAACCUGUUUUUCCA